UUAAUUACAUGAGCGAGAUGUUUAUAUGAAUAUGAAGAUAAAGGAGGGAGGAGCCGAAAUUCAAUUGUUUAUAUAAAGGGGUUGUGAGACCAGUUUAGGUGCUCAGUAGUUUCUAGUUAAGGCUAGCUGUUGCCAAAAAGUGAAUAUUAAAGAUGAGGUUUGCUGUUCACUAUCUUCUGGUCCUGCUCUUAUUGACCGGAUAUCAGAUUAUACCGGCUAAUUCCAUGAAAGCGGGUGACAAAUGUAUAACGAAUGGAGCUGUUGCAGUUAAUCCGGAUAAUAAGACUCAAUACUUUUUCUGCAUGGAUAAGAUCAUUUAUUUGGGAAAUUGCGUAGAUGGAAGAAUUUUUGACGAGCGUAUCUACCAAUGCGUCUACCCAUCUUCCAUUACUGGCGCCGAAGAGAAGAUCGAUUGUUUUGGCCGAGACUACCAGAAAUUUGUGGAUCCUGAAGAUGACUCCAUUUACUACUUGUGUGUCUAUAACCAAGCCAACCUUAUGAGAUGUGCAACUGGCUCCUAUUUCAACACCGACUUGGGAAAAUGCUUGUCACGACCGAAUAGCCUUUGCGCAUCAGGAGCCAACGAUAUUCUCCCUGACCCGAGUGGAAAUUGCCGUAAGUUUCUGUUCUGCAUGGAGGGGGAGGCCCACACUCAAACCUGCCCCCAUGGAAAAUACUUUCACCCAGAAACAAUGAUGUGUGAGGAAGGAACUGUGGCUGGUUGUAGCGCAUUAACAGGAAAGUGUAGUGAAAUGGGAAGGACUCAAUCGAUACAGCGUGAUUGCCAUGUUUUCAAUUACUGUGAUGGUCGUACCUGGCUAACUUUGAUCUGUCCAAUGAAUUAUUACUUCAAUCCAACUGGCUUAUAUUGUGAAAAGACACUACCUGCGGCGUGUAAGGCAAAUUAAUUCGUCCUUGUGUAUUUUAAUUAAACCAAAAAGCUGAUGAUAAUAAAAUUCGACCCACUUCAUGGGAACAU